CAUGGCACUCACAUUCAUAUUAAUAAUUCAUAAAAAGCAAGGAAACUUUUGACAGCGUAUGAUGGGCCUUUUCGAUAUAAAAUUUUGAAACCCGUUUCCGACCUGAUCGAUCUCUGUUUUGAACUUGAAAAUGCAUGCACAAAGCAUCUCAGACUUGGUUUUUCUCCAACCAAUUAAACACCAAUUCGAAGCCCCUGCCAGUUUCGAUCAUCUAUAUUCCAGCUUUUUGACGGAAAACUGGGGAGAUUUGCCACUUAAACUAGACGAUUCAGAGGACAUGAUCGUCUACGAUGCUCUACGAGACGCCGUUAAUGUCGGAUGGUCUCCGUCGUAUGAAUCUGAUAAUAAAGCGAUCGAGGUCGUUGAAGAAGUAGUGCGUGCCCCCAAAAGAACUGUUCCAUUGGAAGCAGACCGCGAGAGCAAGAAGAACACGCUUCCGCAAAAGAGGAACGCAAUGCAUUACAGGGGAGUGAGAAGAAGGCCGUGGGGGAAAUUUGCAGCGGAGAUUAGAGAGCCUCGUACGAAGAAUGGAGCCAGGUUGUGGCUUGGGACUUACGAGACUCCUGAGGAAGCCGCCUUGGCUUAUGACCGAGCCGCAUUUAAGAUUCGUGGCUCCAAAGCCAAGCUUAAUUUUCCUCAUUUGGUCGGCUCCGACGAACGGGAAUCAUCACCUUCCAUGUCAGAUAAUGAUUCUGUGACAAAAAAACGGAAGCUAAUUGAAUGAGAAAUUUAUUUGUUUCUGUUUUUCAUAAAUGUCUGGAUUAGGGCAAUCAUAUUAAUAUAGCCAAAAUAGUGAUUUUGAAAUAAUUAAGAGGAUUAAAUCAAAACUAA